GCAACCGCGACUGUGACGUAGCGAGCGGUGAAAAACUAAACCGAGUGAAUUAGGCCGCAGAAACCCGCUUCGGCGGUCGUGUUGUGUUCUGUGUCGUACCGUGACGUUCGGCGAUCGUAGAAGAUUCUGUGUACUAAUUUAUCGUAGUUGAUGUGAUAAAAAAUUAUCAUUGAAUGAUAUCUAGUAUAAUAUUACUGUUUCGUCGUUCGUACCUGUGCACAGCUCAGACUAGUGGUGUUACUUGUGAAGUGUUUGUGGUGAAGAAAUAUUUUGGUGUAAACAUUGUAUGCCCCGGGCCCGGGACGAGAUGCAAGUGAACGUAGCAGGCCUCAGAAGGAAUAUAAAGAACCUCGCACACAACUAUUCCGAUGCUCAGGUCAAAGUUCGCGAGGCGACUUCAAACGACCCAUGGGGUCCGUCCAGCACGCUCAUGGCGGAGAUCGCCGACCUCACGUACAACGUCAUGGCCUUCACGGAGAUCAUGCAGAUGAUAUGGAAGCGUUUAAAUGACCACGGCAAGAACUGGAGGCACGUUUACAAAGCUCUGGUCCUGAUGGAGUACCUCAUCAAGACCGGCAGCGAGAAAGUGGCGAUGCAAUGUAAAGAGAACAUUUAUGCGAUACAGACAUUAAAGGAUUUCCAGUACAUGGAAGAAGGAAAGGAUCAGGGUCUCAACGUGCGGGAGAAGGCGAAGCAGCUGGCCAAUCUACUGAAAGACGACGAGCGGCUGAAGAAUGAGCGCGCGCGGGCGCUCAAGGCCAAGCAGCGGUUCGCGCAGAGCGCCAGCGCCUUCGGCAGCGACGGCGCACUCGACACGCCCUCCAGCCCCACCUUCCCCUCCGGCGAGUCGGGGUCGUGGGGGGGCUCGGCGGGGGGCGGCGCGGAGGGGGUGGACGGGGCGGCGGAGCUGGCGCGGCCGCUGACGGCGGGGGAGGAGGAGCUGCAGCUGCAGCUGGCGCUGGCCAUGAGCCGCGAGGAGGCGGAGCGGGAGGAGCGCCGCAGGAGGUCGGACGACGUGCGCCUGCAGCUCGCCAUCAGCCAGUCGCAGCACGACUUCCAAAUCAAAAGUUUCCUCCGCAGUCUCCACUUCCCUCCCAUAUCAGAAGUUCAAAUGAAUCCAAGAGGAGAGCGUUCGCUGACGGGAAGUCCCACGACGAGUCCGGUGGAGGCGGCGGCGGAGCGCUCGCAGUCCCACCUGCUGGACCUGCUGGAUGUCAACCUGUCCCCCGCCGCCCCGCCCCCCCGCGCCGCGCCCCUCGACCCCUGGGCCCUGCCGCACCCGGACACGCGCGCGGAUCCAUGGGGCGGCCCUCCUCUCGGUCCGCCGCUAGGCCCUCCGUUGGGUCCGCCGCUGGGUCCUCCGCUGGGUCCUCCGCUGGGAGACCUCCGUGACCCCUGGCCCCCCGCCGACCCCUGGGCGCCCCUAGAACAGAGUAAAUCCCCGCAGUCGGUGCUGUCCUCGGGCUCCUCCUCGGAGCUGGAGCAGUUCGACGCGCUGUCGCAGCGCCGCGGCGCGCCCCCGCCCGCCGCCGACCCCUUCGACCUCUCCGCCCUGGAGAGCAGCCUGAGCCCGAGCAACGGCACGGGCGCCGUCAAGAAGUCUCCCUCCGCCUUCCUCGGGGAGAACUCCUCCCUCGUCAACCUGGAGCGGCUCGUGCAGCCCGCGCCCCCGCCCCCGCACAACCCCUUCCUGCAGCACGCGCCGCCCGCGCCCCCCACGCGGCUCAGCAUCAACGAGUUGAAGCAGCAGCAGAUGGGCGUAGCCGGGGUCCUCGACCCCUGGGCGCCCGCCGCCGCGCCCUCGCGCACCCCCAACCCCUUCCUCUCCUAGCGCCCCCCGCCGCACCCCGCCGCCCCCGCCCGACCUCACGGUGAGACGCGACGCGCCCCGCCCGCCCGCGACGACUACACACAUGAACAUUCUAACCGCGCUCAUUGUUGUUCAGAAACGUUACCGCCCCCCGCGCGGUCCGCUGUGUCUUCAGUCGAGGGGUCACAGGUGCUCACGCCUUUUGCAAUUCCGCUGCUAAUGGUGUAACAUCAACAGUGUCUUGGGUCCACAACGUGUGGUCACACGCGGGGUGACCACGCUUCGUCAGUACACAUACGGUACUUCGAUGCAAUUGAAUUCUAUACUAUGUGAAGGCGAGCUGAGUGUGCGGGGAGGGAGAGGGGCCGCCCCCCGCGCCCCUGGCACCGGACCAACGCUGUGACGUCACGGUUUCCUACUGAACUUAUUAUCAGCAGUCAUCAUUAAUUUGAGUAAUUGUUGUUGUUGACUUCACAUUAAACCCGUUUGUUGAUAUAAUUAUAUGGUAUAAGUAAUGAAUGCGUGCAUAGUAAAGGUACCGUGUGAGGUGAGGGGGGUCGCGCUGCCCCCCAACCCCCCGGACCCAGGGGGUCGGACGACUGUAGCUUAACAAAUUGUCGUUAGUUUUAAUGUAUUAUGCAGAUAUUUUUCCAAGAGUAAAAAAAGAAAAAUAAAAGUGUAUUUUUUUAAAAACAUGUAUGUCCAACCCGCCCCCGCGAUGUCUGGAGGCGAAACAGAACAAUCGAUUUCAAUUUCUUGUGACGUAAUAUGCUAGUAAACGACUCACUGUGAUUACUUUGGAACUUAUAUUAAAGUAUUAGAUUUUACUGACAUGUGACGUCACAAAUGUUGUGGGUCGCUCCACGCAGGACUGUCGACACCUUGAGAUGUUUUGUAAAAUGUGAAGAAUAUCAUAGAUCAGUGAGGUAACGACGAGGCGGGGUUGUGUCUAACAGUGCGCCCCGGGGCAGCACCGCGGCGAUUGAGGCUCCAGACGACAAACAUCGAACAAAAUUACUAAUGUAAUAUACUUUACUAACAAACUUUGCGAUAAUAUAAGACUUCUUUCGGAAAUGAAUGUUUUGAAUGUUGCGCGACGGUAGAUAGAUAAUAGUAUUAUGUUUAAUGUAUUAUAAUGAAAUACGACUAGUGCCGGAGGAGGUUUGGCGGGUUCCAUUAACGGAACCGUUCAACGUGCCUUACGUAGAUACGCGUGUGUGUGUGUGCGUGCGUGUGUGUGUGCGUGCGUGAUGUGUCAACUGCAGUACUGCCAGCUGUGCAAGGUGCGUGGGAACGCUUACUGCGAUACGAGUAGGGUUCGUGGUAGCAACGUCAGGUUUGAGCCCCGUGAGCUCACAUACACGUCUGGUGACACUGACAUAGCCUCUCAAGUAGUCUCAAGGUUAUCAGCUUGGGUAGGAAAGAAAAAACGAAACGCGCAAUGUAACGCGCAGUGCUCGACUUAACAGUACAUUACCGGUUGAGCAGCAACACGGUAAUGUACUGCUGUUGUCCCGCGGCACCCUGUACACGGCGGGGUCAAUUAUUGACAAUUUACAUUGGUGCAACCAGAACGUAUUGACUUCAAUACGUAGCGCCUGGCUCGUCUGCGCCGAACUAUCGUGUCUUAUAAACAUUGCAGACUCGAUAGGUACAUGCGACUAUGUUCUGAGCGCUUCUGUAAGCCUACACUUGAAGGUUGUUGUUCACAAACGCUCACAACUAGCAUGUAGCAACAUUUUACCAAUAGAGCUGCGUUUAGCCUCCAGACGUUUAGUAGUGUAACAGCGAAUUUGCAGGUGGUAAUGUAACUAAAAUUGUAAUCACUGCAACAUCGAUAAGACAAUUCCGCAUUGUGUCGCGGCCCCGGGGCGCUAUAUAGCGUAACAACGGAAUUAUUAUUGUAUUAAUAAACGUCUCGAUUCAAAAUGCCGUUAUUAGGGCUAGGGUUACCGCGACGUAAAAAUUUGUACAUUCAAAUUAUUAUUUUCUUGUCGUGAAUGUAAUAUCCGCCAUGUUUGACGUCACCCGAAGGCAGUCAGCGGCUUGGCUCUGCCCUUGGCAUUGCUGAAGUCCAUGGGCGACGGUAACCACUCACUAUCAGGUGGGUCGUAUGCUCGUCUGCCUACAAGGGCAAUAAAGAAAACGUUGGUCGGUUCUAUCAAAUUGGAUAUUUAACCGACGAAAAAAAUCUGUUACGCUCUGAAGCCAUCCCUAAUCUGUUAGUAACUAAUUAAAUCUACAUUCUCUGAACACGACCCAAGACUCUGUUUAAUAUUUGUGUUGUUGGGUGCCGGUCGAUCCCCCCCCUCUUUGUGACGUCACAUGUGGUGUUUGUUUGCGACCAAAGCUACAUUGGUCACGUGACUCGCGACAAGCGUUUUGACGGUAUUUUGUUUGGCCGAACUUGUAAAAGCCAGAUAGAUGUAAUUUUUUAUAAGUAUUUCUAUAAGACGACUCCUAAUAAGGUUGAUUCGUGUGCGACCUGGGUGUUUGGGGACUUAUUAUUGUUAAAUAUAAUUAUGUUGAACCGGUAUUCCGUACAAAUUGUAAUCAUUGAACUAUUUCAAAUACAUGUUAUGUAUAAUUUGUGACGUCACGUGAUUUUAAAAACCGUCGUCGGUGUGCAGUGUACGCGGUGUUGCCAGCGCGAGGAAAUUAUGCAGUUGCCAGUUUAUGAAAAUAGCAUUUAUUAACGAUAACACCAAUUAAAGCAAUAAUUAAGUGUAAUUGUCGCGUUUUUCACGCUGGCAACACGUUUUCGCUUUUGAAAGCGUUGUAUAGAUAAAUUAUGGUUUUUAAUAUAAUGAUUUUUAAAUAUUUUAUUUUGACCAAUAAAAUGCAUCGAUUCUAAUCCAAUAUGUCACUAGCUAGGAAGAAACUGUAAAGAAUUAAUGUAACUAUUUAAUAUUAAAUGUAUAAGUUUUUCAA